UUUGUGAUAAAAAUUUGACGUUGGAAAUGUGUUUGUCGACAAUAUCUCAAUUUUGUGAUAAAAUUCGUCAAGCUCAUCAACAAAAUUUAGAACAACGUAAACGAUUUGAACAAGAACAGAAACGUUUGAUUAUAACAAUACCAUCGAAAAAACGCGCUACUAAAUAUAAUCAAUCAGUUGAAAGUGCACUGGCCACUGAACUGCGGCUUCAUAUUAGUGGUGAAACGACUACAGAACGUUUAGUCGGUAUUUUUAGUAUAUAUUUUAGUAGUACUUCUGGAAUAGUUUGGGUGAGUAAAAAAUUACCACGAUACCAGUAG